CUGUUCGUUGUGCUGAAAGUGUAGAGUCAAUCAUGUCUUCAGUACUUGUGCCUGAAAUUCCUGCACCAGGAUUCUCUUUCGAUCUUUGUGGAAGAAACAAUUUCCUGGUAAAGAAAGGGCUUCAAACACCCAAAGCUGUUAAGACAGGAACAACGAUUGCCGGAGUCGUUUUUAAGGAUGGGGUGGUCCUUGGAGGUGAUACAAGAGCUACAGAAGAUACCAUAGUAGCUGACAAGAAUUGCAGCAAGAUUCAUUAUCUUGCUGAAAAUAUGUAUUGCUGCGGUGCAGGAACUGCUGCAGAUACUGAGAUGACAACUCAGAUGAUAUCUAGUCAGUUGGAGUUGCACCGUUUGAACACAGGUCGUAUGGUACCUGUUUGCACUGCCAAUGCAAUGAUUAAGCAUCUAUUAUUUCGUUAUAAAGGCUAUAUUGGAGCAGCUUUAGUAUUAGGUGGCUGUGAUUUAGAUGGACCACAAUUAUAUUGUAUUUAUCCUCAUGGAUCAGCAGAUAAGCACAUGUAUACCUGUAUGGGUUCUGGAUCAUUAGCUGCAAUGUCUGUAUUUGAAAGUAGAUGGAAACCUAAUAUGACGGAGGAGGAAGCCAAAGAACUUGUGGCAGACGCAAUUCGUGCUGGUGUAUUCAACGACUUGGCUUCUGGUUCCAAUAUCGAUCUGUGCGUCAUUCGAAAGGGUUCCGUUGAUUAUUUGCGACCUUAUGAUGUCGCUAAUGUCAAGGGACAGCGUUCGAUAUCUUAUCGCUACAAGCACGGUACCACUGCUAUACUCAACAAAACAGUUCGCCCCAUAAUCGUUGAAGACGAAAGUAUUCGUAAACUUGUAGAAGAAGCAAUGGACACUUCUUCUUGAAAUGUGCAUUAGGCGUUGCUAAGUAUAAGCUCGGAUGAUAUGUGAAUUUUAAAGAAAUCCUUAACUACGAUCUUCGAAGAUAAUAAAAUUUUGCU